UAUAAAUAUGUCAGAGGUAAAAAAUAAAAAGUCCAAGAAAGAAGAGGGUGAAUUACUUUCAACACAAGGUCCCACACCUGAGGACAAAACAGAAGAGAAGCCUCUGGUGAUAGUGUCGCGCAAAGAGUGGGGAGCAGCGCCUCCUAACUUCCCGGGACUUCAGCCACUCAAACGCCCUGCCAUGACGGUCAUGCUGCGGUACUUCACUGGCAGGGAUGUUUGUCACACUGCAGAAGAGUGUAUUCCGGUCAUGCGAGAUAUUCAACGCAGAGACCAGGACAAUAAUCUUGUAGACAUCUCUCACAAUUUCCUGGUAGGUCCAGACGGAACAGUGUUUGAAGGAAGAGGAUGGACUGUGAGUGAAAGCCCAGACUUGGACAUGUUGAGAAUAGGAAAACAGCUCAGACAGCCACAGACAGUUCAACAGUACAUCAUCAACCUUGCGUACAUCGGCAACUGGGAGGGUGAGGAAGCUGUCUCAGAUGUAAUGAAGAAUUCUCUUAAGGCUAUUAUAAACCAUGGAGUAGAUUGUCAACAAAUUGCUGAGAAACACAAGGUUAUGUCAAUGCAUGAGAUUUUCUAAUACAGGUCUACUUUAAAAGUUCAUUUUGUAUUGCAUAUGUACAGAGAGGUAUUUAUAAUUACUGGAGCACAGGUUUUUAUAGGCAAUCUUUUUGUUUGAUUCGGCAAUAUUAAAAGUAAUAUUAAAAACAUACUUUUAAGAUUUUAUACACAAAAUGGGUCUUAAUUUAAAUUGGACUUAGUUGGAUUUAUAUUUUGGAUGAUACCAGUGAAUAAAGUGCAAAGAAAAAUAAUUAAGAUCCAUAGUUUGAAUUCUUUGAUAAAUUAUUUACUUUAAAAAUUCCUAAUUUAUUGAAUACCAGUCAGUAUAUUAACCACCUCUAGAUCGCUAUCUCAUGUGUUAAAGUGAUGUCAUUGAGAAUUUAUAUGUGAAAUAGUCAGUUAAAUUAGUUUGAAAGGAUGAUGGUAGUUAUUUUUAUGAAAAAAAUUCUAUGGUGUAAAGAAUAGGAGAAGUAUAUUUAUUUACAUUUAUAUGCUUGAUGUAACAUCUUUGUAACAAAAUAAUGUAAAAGUUAAAGUGUUCCAUGUUGUUAAGUUUGAC